AUGAAAAAAGCAAAGAUGAUGCUGUUUCAAAAAUCCAAUUCAUCUAACUGUGAAAAUGAUGUAAAUUUCUUGAAAAAUCAAUCAUAGUAUACUCCUAGUUUAAAUAUAAAAUGUAAUAAACAUGGAAAAAAGAUUAUUUUACUCAACUUAGAUACUAAUUAAACCUCUAAUUCUAGGAAAGUUUGUAUUGAUUGUAUUUGUGAGAACGUUCUAAUCUAUUAUACUUCUUCUUUACAUGAGGCUACGAAAAGAUGGAAAGAAUACCAAAUAAAAACUUAGAUUUCAAUCAAAGAAUAUAUUUAACAUAAAAAUUUCAAUAAUACCAAAUUCUUAAAAUACUUGAUGAUAUUAAAGAUAUAGUUAUUUAUUCAAAAUCUUUAAUAUAUACCAUUUUACUAUAAAUAUACUUCUUUUUUGCAUGAAUAAAUUAAUAAGUUGAAAAGUUUGGAAUCUAAAUUAAAUAAACUGGAAGAGAAUAAUAUUAUCGAAGACUCCAUAUAUGAUUUAGACGAGGAUUAAAUUGAUGAAAUUGUAAGAACUUUAAGCUAAAGUGACCUCAAUGCUGUUUAAUUGAAUAGUAGAAUAACUAAUAAGUUUAAGAUUAGAUACUUUAUUAAGCUAUUGCUAAGGAUAUAUAUAAACAUAUUCAUUAUGAUUUAUAGGCUUCUAAAGCUACAGUUAAUGUCUCAAAUCUGAUUCUUCCUAAUAGCAGUCAAGUAUUGAUUAUUAAAUAUCUUAGAUUUCAUACUCUAAGAAGCCACAAUAUAUAACUAAACAUAUUCAUAGGACCAAGAAGAAGAAUUAUUUACAGAUGAAGAUUUUUCUGAUUUGGAUGAAUAUAUUGCAAAAUUCUAAACUAACUCUGCAUAAUUGAAAAAAAUAAAUUAAAUUCAAAAAGAAUUAAAAUUGAAACAAUUAGAAUUAGAAUAAAUUCAAUUAGAAAAAUAAACUGCUGACCAAAAUCAAUAAUAAUAAUUGAUGGAAUUAAAAAAGAUUAGCGAUGAUUAUGCUGAAGAAAUUGUAAAUCUGAAAAUACAAAAAUAGGAGAUCAAAGAAAAUUUAAAUUAAAAUAAGAUUAAAAGUAUAAUUAUAAAAAUUAAAUUUAUUAGCAAAUUCAAAAAUACAAGCACAAGAAUAAUGA